UGGCAAAUUUUUUUCGAUUUUUCCUUUUCGUCAUAAUGACGAAAAUAAAAAUUUAUUGUGAGGAAAAAAAAACCCGUAUUUUUAUGACGUAAAUUAAAUUUAAAACAGGCUUUUCAUCUAUACUUUUGUUUAUAAAAAUAGUUUUUGAAAUAGUAUUUAAAGACUUAGACAAAAUGUUUUCAUCACUUUUACAAUCGACUUUGGUCUUAAAUUUUUUAAAAAAUGAACUCCAAUUUCUUUGGAAAAUUAUGUAUCUUCCUGACUGCAUUGUCGAUUGCAGCCGGUCAAAACAAUUACGCAAUAUUAGUAUUUAGCCAACAAUGGCCAAGAACGACAUGUUUACAAGCAGGAAGACAACCAAAUGAAUGUAAUAUACCCCAUAAUGAUUGGACGAUACAUGGAAUUUGGCCAAGUAAAAAUGCACCUGAAAGAGGUCCUUUUGAUUGUGAUACAAGAAAUAAUCUUAACGCUCGAAAUUUAAAUGGCAUAAGAGGUCAACUUAAUACCAGAUGGUUAAAUGUUUUAAAUAAUAAUCCAGUGGGAUUUUGGAGCCACGAAUGGCGUAGGCAUGGAACAUGCUCGUUAGAUAUACAAGCUUUAAAUUCACAAUUUAAAUAUUUUAAUCAAGGAUUACAAUGGAACAACAAUUAUGUAAUAGGAAAUAUUCUUAACACUGGUGGUAUAAGACCCGGAGGCAAUUAUGCUCUACAAGAUAUUCAAGCAGCUCUUAGACGAGAAUUGAAUAAUUUUACACCUCAAGUCUCUUGUUUUAAAAAGGAUGGCAGACAAUUUUUACAUGAAGUAAGAAUCUGCAUGACCAGGACGUUUGCAUUAGUUAAUUGUGCAAAUCAUAUAGCUGAUACAAAUUGCAAUCGUCAAUUAAAUAUUGAAUAUCCACGUUAAUUUUAUUGUGAAGAAGGGGUUUAAAAUUUUGUUUUAACUUUUUCUGUCAUU